AUGUCAUUGCCGAACACUAUAUACCCUCAUCUGCGUCCAACAGACAACGGGAAGCAGCUAAUAGUCAAUGGCAGACCUUUCCUUUCUCUCGCUGGAGAACUCCAAAACUCCUCCAUGACCUCGGCAAAGUAUAUGGAUACAGUCUGGCAGAAGCUCGCCGACACUCAUAUCAAUACCGUCCUCGGUUGUAUCACCUGGGAAAUGAUCGAGCCGACGGAAGGGCAGUUUACUUUUACCGAGCUCGACAGGGUUAUCUUGGGUGCGAGAAAGCAUGGGUUACGGCUCGUGCUACUGUGGUUUGGUUCAUUCAAAAACGCCUGGGUUAAGACCAAUCCUAAGCGGUUUCCUCGCGCCAAAUUGAGGAAGGCUGGUGGUGUUCUUCAGACUGCCGAUGUGCUAUCAAUCUUUCACGAUGAAGCGCCGAAAAGUGAUGCAAAUGCAUUUUCCCAUCUCAUGCGUCAUUUACGGGAGUUUGAUGGCAGCCACUCUACUGUCAUCAUGGUGCAAGUCGAGAACGAGACAGGCUUGCUCGGUGAUUCGCGAGAUGGGUCAUCGACCGCCGAAGAACGUUUCUCUCAGCCUGUGCCGGAAGACCUGCUCACCUUUCUCGCCCGUGAUUGGGACAGCCUUCACCCCGACCUCAGAAGCAAUUUGGUCCACUUCAAGGCUCAGUCCCAACCACACGGGUCAUGGGUAGACGCAUUUGGUCGAGGGCCACACACGGACGAACUCUUCAUGGCUUACCACUACGCACACUACCUGAAUCAGGUCGCUACGGCGGGAAAGAAAGAAUACCCUAUUCCACUCUACACAAAUGUGUGGCAGAACUAUGUGGGAGAGGACGGGGAUAAUGAUUUCCCUAUUGUUGCAGGGGGCGGUGGUUUGCCUGGUGACUAUCCAUCCGGUGGCGGUACCAUUAAUGUUCUUGACAUUUGGCAGCAGUUCGCCCCGGCACUGGACUUCAUCGCUCCCGAUGUUUAUCUAAACGAUUAUGCUCAGUCUUGUCGCAAGUACCGUCAUCGUAACCAACCACUGUUCAUUCCGGAGCAACGACGUGAUGAGUACGGGGUACGACGGAUCUGGACUGCGUACGGAUCAUACCAAGCAAUCGGGGUGUCACCUUUUGGCAUCGAUACGCUUGAGCCAUCCACCAAUCCAUUCACUAAACACUAUGCAUUGCUGGACUCCGUCUCGCAAAUUGUGCUUGACGCACAGCGUCGACCGGGCUCGUCGGUCGGCUUCUUUUUCGAUGAGCUUGCGGAGAAUGGUUCCGAUCCGUCGAAGCCAGUUGUUCGGCACUACGCGGGGCUCGAGAUCACUAUUGAACGCUGCUUUGUCUUUGGCAAACCCGGUCCGGGCUCUGGCAUGGUGAUCCACCUUGGUGGGGUCAAGUUCCUGUUAAUCGGCUGGGGAUUCCAGGUUCGUGCGACCUCAUUGUCCCCGACAGCAACAUUCACCGGUAUUCUACGGUUUGAAGAAAAGUUUGUCGUCAAUCGAGAUACGGGCGAACUCAAGACGCUGAGAGUGCUCAAUGGCGAUGAGACGCGCAGCGGGAUUUUUGCCAUGAUGCCAAACGAGGACCCAGAUUAUGGAGGGUUUCCUAUUUGCGUGACGAUCCCGGCCCGUACUAUGAUCGCUGAGGUAGAAUUCUACUCGAUUGAUGAUGAGACCGCUGUGUAG